AUGGCAGCAGACGGCUGUUGUCCUGCGAACGCCACGACCGUGCCCACCAUCUCCGUAUGCUCCAAUGGUGGCAGCUGCCGAAAGGGGCUCUGUUUGCCUAGCACUUGCCGAAGCAGAACAUGGCAAUUGGUUACGUGUGAAGAAAAACACUAGGCAUCCAGCAGCGUCCCUGAGGGCUGCGGACCAACUUCUUGCCAACCUCCCUGCCUGCCAGCAAUGACUUGUGUGGGUUUUGUCUGCCAGCCCAUUCGCUCUUACACAGCCUGUGAGUCAGGCACUGGUCAGUCUCCUCAUGUGGUGAGCUCCUGCCAGCCCUCAGGUUCAGAAUCCAGCGCACGUCAAGCUCAGAGCUGUGAAGUACCCGGCCCUGGCCAGCUGAGCUCCAGCCAGCAACCUGCCUGCACAUCUGGCUCAGGCCAGGCAGCCUGUGACCCAUCAGUGGGCAGUGAUCCUAACUCCCGGCAGCCGCCCUGCUCUGAGGUAACUUCUUGUACUGAAACACCUUGCCCACCAAGUGUCUGUGUAUCUUGCCCAGGCCAGGCAACUUGUGGUCAAGCUGACUUAUGCCCACCUAUGAGUUGUGAGGUCCAGCCCUGCCAAUCAGCAUAUUAUCAGCCCAUCUGCUACAUUUUCAAGCCUUGUGAAUCCGUUCUGUCCAUGCCUGUUUCCUGCCAGUCUUCACCUUGUGUGUUCAGUUCUUGCAAUCCUACUUGCUGUGUGCCCUCCCCCUGCCAGCCACUUUACUGCCAAACAGCUUCUUCCAUAUCCUUUGUGUGCCAGCCAGUGACUCCCUGCCAACCACCUUGUUCUGUACCAACCACUUGCAAACCAGCUUCCGGUGGCACCGUGUGUUCUGGCCCACCCACUUGUGGAUCCACUUCCUGUAACCAAGGAGGCUGCCAAUCCUCUUCCUGUCAACCAACUUGUUGUGUGACAGGUGGGGGAAAAUCGUCCAGUGCUGGCUCCAAUUGCUUCCAACCAGCUUCUCCAAGUGUCGAUGCUUUUUCCUUAUCUAUUGAGUUUCACACAAUCACACAAAAUGAGGAGAAAAGCAAGAUCCGGGAAGAGUGGAACAACUUCUGUUACUUCCCUGAAAUCACUCACAUUGUCAUCAAGGAGUCCGUGGUCAGCAUCAAUAAGCAGGACAACAAAAAAAUGAAGCUGAAGCUCUCUUCCCACGAGGAGGCCUUGUCCUUCGUGUCCCUGGUGGAUGGUUACUUCCGGCUCACAGCAGAUGCCCAUCAAAAUGUAGUUUAUAUACUCACAUUUCAGUGGAAGUCUUCAAUGGAACAGUUCAUGCCUUAG